AUGAGUCUAUCUUGGCUUCCAUGGCCUACCCGCCGUCUUCACACGGCUGUUCAAAGCAAAUCAACAUGGGGAUAUGUUAUUUAUCGCACAACGUAUACCCCCGAAUCAGAUGCUACAUUCCCCGCCGUGGUGGAUCUACUCAACUCCUAUAUCAAACACGGUCUAUACUCGGAAUGCAGCUCUUCACAAAGCACUACCUCCAGGCAAACGGAUCCAACGCCUUACCAUGAGGUUUGGGCCCGUCAUGAUCCUGUGAUCAUGGAUGACCCAUCACAGUUCAAUGGCGCGUCGGCCGAUGCUAUUCAAGCACACUUUAAGAGCUGGACUCGUGCGCAAGAAAAGAGGGGUUGUUCUACUGCUUAUCGGAUGUGCAUGGUGCUAGAUGAGAGGUCUUUGCGAGGGUUGGCGAAUUUCCCACCACCGGGAGAAGACUCGGAUGAUGAAAAGAGAGGGCACCCGAUCCAGUAUGUCACAGUCAUUGAGACGCAACCGGACAGCGACGAUGAAUACGAUAGUUUCAUGGGCGGUUGA